GGAUCCUCGGAGGCGCCGCUCUCCGCGCGAGAGCACGUCGUUGCGUGCGCGUUUGGCGCGCGGUGGCGGCAGCAGCCGCGGCCCUCAGCCCGCCUAGUACCGCCUCACGCGCACCCGCUGCUGCCUUUCCUCCCGCCUCGCGCUUCCUCCCCGCCCCCCCCAGCCCCGCGGAGCUUCUCCCUCGCCUUUGCUGCUGCUCUCCUCAGGGGCGCGGCGGGAUGGCGGGCGUCGCGUCGGGCGUGGGGCCGGGCCCUGUGGCUCAGGGGCUGAAGGAGGCGCUGGUGGAGACCCUGAACGGCAUCUUGUGCCCCGUGCAAGGGGUGCGCGCAGCUGCCGAGGAGCAGGUGAAGGUGCUGGAGGUCACCGAGGGUGAGUGUGGGGGCAGCAACUGCCGACGGGGCGGGGGGGGCAGGCUCUGAGGGGAGCGGAGCCUCCCGCUUCUUCCCUUUUGUGGGCCUCGGGUCUCCCCGGCCAGGGCGAUGGGCAGAGAAGGAGAUGGAGCUGCUCCUCGCGUUUUCCAGUUCUGGAUUAACCCGCUUUCGGGGGGCAGGGGCUGGAAAGGACUUUUCGCAGAGCUCGAGGUGGGCGGGGAAACUCGUGUCCUGCCUCUGCUGCCACCGGUUCCGCGCUCUCUUCAGGCUCCUGCCCCAGUCUCGCCUCUUCCUUCGGCACCGGAGAUGCCGAGGCUUCCUUUCCAGGUCGUCCGGAGUUUAUAUGUCUCGGAGUGGGCUGCCUCAGGCGGCCCGGCUUCUCCUUUUGUGCCCAUUGUAAGGCAUAAAUCGGCCUUCGUCUGGUGAGUGUCGUCGGCCUGACCUUAAGGGUCGCCGCAGCGGUGCUACCACACAACUACUACAGGGUGAAGUUAAAAAGUGGGUCCUUCCCUUUGGGCUAACGGCGGGUCCUUUUUUUUUUUUAAAGAUAUUUAUUAAAAGUUUAACAAUUACAGAAAAAAAGAAAACAGUAAAAAAUUACAAUACAUUACAUCAAAAGAAAAUAAAAACCAGAUUAGAAAGGAAACAAUGCAGCACAACAAUAAAAACAAAAACGUUUAAAAACAAAAAACAUUUAAAAACACAUCCAAUAUUUCUUAUCUUUACCUUUCUUUUACCUGUUUCAUCGACCUCCUCACACCUCCCUUUUUGUAUUCUAGUUCAGUUAACUAUUUCAGCAAAUUCUUUCCAUCUUUCUCAAUUUUUGUUCUAUAAUUUAUCUUAACAGUCUAACCUUUAAUUUUUCCAUUUUUACCCAUUAUCAAUCAACUUUUACUUAAAUCUUUAUUACAUUUCUGUUAAAACCAUAUAGCUUCAUUCCAACAUCCUUCUAACAUUCAUUAAUUUUGCAAUGUUUUUGUAAAUAUACUUUAAAUUUUUUCCAAUCUUCUUCCACCAACUCUUCUCCCUGGUCUCGGAUUCUGCCAGUCAUUUCCGCCAGUUCCAUGUAGUCCAUCAGCUUCAUCUGCCAUUCUUCCCUGGUAGGUAGAUCUUGUGUCUUCCAGUGCUUUGCAAUGAGUAUUCUUGCUGCUGUUGUGGCAUACAUAAAGAAAGUUCUAUCCUUCUUUGACACCAAUUGGCCGACCAUGCCCAGGAGAAAGGCCUCUGGUUUCUUCAGGAAGGUAUAUUUAAAUACUUUUUUAAUUUCAUUAUAGAUCAUCUCCCAGAAUGCCUUAAUCUUUGGGCAUGUCCACCAAAGGUGAAAGAAUGUACCUUCAGUUUCAUUACAUUUCCAACAUUUGUUAUCGGACAAAUGAUAAAUUUUUGCAAGCUUGACUGGUGUUAUGUACCACCUAUAAAUCAUUUUCAUAAUAUUCUCUCUUAGGGCAUUACAUGCCGUAAACUUCAUGCCAGUGGUCCAUAAGUGUUCCCAGUCAGCCAUCAUGAUAUUAUGUCCAACAUCUUGUGCCCAUUUAAUCAUAGCAGAUUUCACCAUUUCAUCUUGUGUAUUCCAUUUCAACAGCAAGUUAUACAUUCUUGACAAAUUCUUAACUUUAGGGUCUAACAAUUCUGUUUCCAGUUUUGAUUUUUCCACCUGGAAGCCUAAUUUUUUUAUCCAAAUUAUAUGCCUCCAUUAUUUGAUAAUAGUGGAGCCAAUCUCGUACUCUAUUUUUAGUUUUUCAAAACUCUGCAAUUUUAAUCUGUCUCCCUCUUGUUCCAGGAUUUCCCAAUACUUCGGCCAUUUGGCCUCCAUAUUAAGUUUUUUCUGUGCCUUUGCUUCCAUUGGUGACAACCAUCUUGGGGUUUUAUUUUCUAACAAAUCCUUGUAUCUUAUCCAGACAUUAAACAAUGCUUUUAUGACAAUAUGGUUUUUAAACGCUUUGUGUGCUUUAACCUUAUCAUACCACAGGUAUGCAUGCCAACCAAAUGCAUUGUUGAAACCUUCCAAGCCCAGCACAUCCAUGUUUUCAAGAAGCAUCCAUUCUCUCAGCCAGCAAAAUGCGGCUGAUUCAUAAUAAAGUUUAAGGUCUGGCAGGGCAAAUCCACCUCUUUCUUUAGCAUCUGUUAAUAUCUUAAAUUUUAUUCGAGGUUUCUUGCUAAUGGCGGGUCCUUGGUCAGAAAAGGUUGAAGAGGGUUCCUCAUGGAUAAGGUUGGGCGAUGGGGAAGGAGGGGGCUUUGUCUGGGCGCCUUGCUGAAGUUCGCCUAUAAAGCAGCCUUAAGGGUUUCCAAGCUAAAUUAUUCAGACUUUAAAGAGCAACACUGAACUGAGUGAGAUAGUAAUAUCUCUGUAGUAAAAUUGGUUGGCCUAAAGGGUUGCGUACAGCCGGGUUUUAAUGAGAAAAAGCUGUGCUCAUUAAGUGUAAUAGAAUUAAAUAGAGAUGUAGAUCUUAAAGCCUUCUGCAGAAAUGUUUCUAAAAGACGUUCUCUCCUACUUAAGACUAGCUUAGGUGUAUACAGUACUGUCACAGGGUAUACUGUCUUUCUCCCACUUCUCCUCUGGAGCAUUGUUAUGCUCACUGUGAUAAGCUAGCUGUGGGAGUGCCUGGUAUGUAAAUAUUCCCACACAGAUUGUGAUCUACCAUGUGAACUGGUGCAGAUCAACAAGGUCUGAAGCAUUGCAUGUCUAAAUUGCAGAGUCUGAAUGUGCUGAUACUUCACUCCAUAAUUUCCAAAUUAGGCUUUUUAAAUGUGCUCUAAAACCCAUUUGAACUCCAUAGAUUUAGACAUAGCAGUUCCAUAAACUUAAUAAAUUACUUCAGUUUAAUGUAGAGAGUUAUAAUAAGAUCUGAAUUCUGUGUGGUUAUUAGUUGUUUGUGUGUGUGUUAUAUGUGUUGAUAUAUACCCAUAUGCAUACAUACAUGUGUGCUUAUAUGUGGUUAGAUCCAACUCCCACCAGUCUCAGCCAGGACAGUCAGUCAUCAGGGGUAAUAAGACGUGUAUUCCAACCAUUAGCUGAUGGACAGCAUGUGUCCCAACCCUGUUCUAAGGAAAUUACGGUAAUUUCUCCUGCCAAAAUACCACAAUAGGAAAAAAAUCUGCUUUAGCUUUAUUUAUCGAUUUUUGAAUUAUUUAUGUGCUUAUGUGUUAGGAAUAUUUUGUUAAAAAUUUAAAACAAUGUUUUCAAUAGCAAAUUCAAGUUAAAUAAGCCUUUAAGAAAUUUAUCUCCUUUCCCUCUCUUGCACCCCCAGUCUGGUAACUUAAAUGACUAAUGAGAAGAAAAUUCCUGAGAUUGUAGUAUGUAAUGUGUUGUGGGCAGAUAGGAUUGCUACUUGGUCACUGUUGUGCAAACGUGUUAUGCAGGCAAGUGGAGCUAUGGGGGGGAGAGGCAUAACUACCUACUGUAUUUUUUGCUCUAUAGGGCGCACCGGACCAUAGGGCGCGCCUAGUUUUUAGGGGGGGAAAUAAAGGGGGAAAAAUUAUCCCCCCCCCCCCAGUCCCAAAGAGCAAAGAAGCCAAGACAGCGAGCGGGAUCCAUCCCGCUGGCUGUUUUGGCUUCCUCCGAAGGCUUGCGGAUAGCUGCCUGAAGCCUGGAGAGCGAGAGGGGUCGGUGCGCACCGACCCCUCUUGCUCUCCAGGCUUCAGCGAAAGCCUGCAUUCGCUCCAUAGGACGCACACAAAUUUCCCCUUCAUUUUUGGAGGGGAAAAAGUGCGUCCUAUAGAUUGAAAAAUGCGGUACUUUCAGAAGCAAGUCAUGAACAAUAUAGCACUUUUGUGAUGCUGUUCUUGUUGUUUGAAAGCUGUCAUUGCUUGAAGGAGAAGUACCAAUAUUUAUGCGUAUUUGUACUAUAUUUUCUGGUUUUGUCUGUUUUAAGCAGUUUGAUUAUGUCACUUCAAAGGGAACUUCCUUCAGACACCCAACCCAGCUGAAGCUUCUCCCAAUGUGGUUUCUUUCAGUUGAUGAACUUCUAUCUCUGGCACAACUUAAUUGGAGAUGUCUGCUGAGUAAAGUACAAAUGUGUGUUGAGGUAUUGGUGGAGAGGGCAGAAAGAUUAAUCGUACAAAGAGGACAGAGAUGGCACUAUUAAAGUGUCACUAAUUAUUGCAAUACAGUGGUGCCUCGCAAGACGAAAUUAAUCCGUUCCACGAGAGUCUUCGUCUAGCGGUUUUUUCGUCUUGCGAAGCAACCCUAUUAGCGGCUUAACGGAUUAGCGCUAUUAGCGGUUUAGCGGCUAUUAAAGGAUUAAAGGCUUAGGGGAUUAGCUGCUAAAAGGUUAUUAAAGGCUAUUAAAGGCUUAGCAGAUUAGAUAAAGGGGGGGGAAAGCGAAAAAAAAAUCUCUAGACUCGCAAGACAUUUUCGUCUUGCGAAGCAAGCCCAUAGGGGAAUUCGUCCUGCGAAGCAACUCAAAAACGGAAAACCCUUUCGUCUAGCGGGUUUUCCGUCUUGCGAGGCAUUCGUCUUGCGGGGCACCACUGUAAAAGAAAUCAGUUGUAUAGCCUUCUGAGAAGGCUUAUCCAUGAGGCUUCUUCACAUAGGAUUGAGCUUUAAUGAUGUAUGUUUUAAGAUCAGAAGUAAGUUGUGCAUGUUUUCUUUGUAACUUAGCUUUAUCUGUACCUAUCCUGCAAGCCAGCCCACUUUUUUUGCUUAAUUCUUACAUUUCAAGAGCUGAUUGCACUAAGGAAUGCUGGAUUGAAGAGAAUUUACAGCACACUAUUGUGUAUGAAAGUAUGAGAGUGCCAUAGGUCAUCACAAUAGGAUAAUACUAGCCUGCAGAAAACUCUAGGCUGCCUCAUUUUUUUUGAGAGCUCGUAAAAAUAUUAAACAGGAAGCAGCUUUGGACUCACUUUUCCAAUGCUUAGAGUACACCAAGUCAUAAACUAUCCUUAAAACACAAAACCUAACCAUAUUGUUGAGCAUGUGGGGAAGAGACAUUAUGAGACACUCCAGAUAAUGGCCUUUUAAAACAAUUGAAGCCAAAUGUCAAACUAUAUGAAAUUUUAUUUGGUGAAAGGUGGGGAGAAGAAAAGGGAAGGCAAAAACACACAGAGAGACUUAAAAUGAACUAAGUAAAUAUCUUGACUUAGCUAGUUAGAUAUUUCAGAGCACCUAGCAGAAAAGAGAUUCAGAGAGAAAUCAUCUGUGGUCACCUGGCUGAAAGGUUUCAAAACACUGUUGAUGGAAACUUAUUUUUUAAUAUAUAUAAUUUUUAUUAAAUUUUAUUUUAAAAAAUUGACAAAUCGUCCAUCUUACAUAUAAUAUAUAAAAAUCACUUCACCAUCUUUGCUUGAGACUUCCCUCUUACUUAACUAAUGGUUUUCCUAAUUAUACUCUGAUAUUGCAUUUUGUCCCUUCAUGGAUCACUGCCUUGCUGUGGUGAAGGGGCUUGAAUAACUCAGAGAAGCUAUGAGCUAUGCCAUGCAGGGCCACCCAAGAUGGACAGGUCAUAGUGGAGAGUUUUGACCAAACGUGAUCCACCUGGAGCAGGAACCGGCAAGCCACUCCAGUAUCCCUGCCAAGAAAACUCCAUGUACAAAGACAACAGACAUAUAAAAGUUAUGACACUGGAAGAUGAGCCCCUCAGGUCAGAAGGCGUCCAACAUGCUACUGAGGAAGAGCAGAGGACAAGUACAAGUAGAUUCAGAGCUGAUGAAGCGGCUGGACCAAAGCCGAAAGGUUGCUCAGUUGCGGAUAUGCUUGGAAGCAAAAGGAAAGUCCAAUGCUGUAAAGAAAAAUAUUACAUAGGAACCUGGAAUGUAAGAACCAUGAACCUUGGUAAGUUGGAUGUGGUCAAAAAUGAGAUGGCAAGAAUAAAUAUUGACAUCCUGGGCAUCAGUGAACUAAAAUGGACGGGAAUGGGCAAAUUCAGUUUGGAUGACCGGGGAGAGAGGAGGCAAGCAAAAUGUGAGGGAGAUAGUGAAAGAUACAUGAAAUUGAAUGCAGAUUUCCAAAAAAUAGCAAAGAGAGACAAGAAGGCCUUCUUAAACGAGUAAUGCAAAGAAAUAGAGGAAAACAAUAGAAUGGGAAAAACCAGAGAUCUGUUCAAAAAAAUUGGAGAUAUGAAAGGAACAUUUCGUACAAAGAUUACCAUAAUAAAGGACAAAAGUGGUAAGGACCUAACAGAAGCAAAAGACAUCAAGAAGAGGUGGCAAGAAUACACAGAGGAAUUAUACCAGAAAGAUAUAGAUGGCUCGUACACCCCAGGUAGUGUGGUUGCUGACCUUGAGCCAGACAUCCUGGAGAGUGACGUCAAAUGGGCCUUAGAAAGCACUGCAAAUAACAAGGCCAGUGGAAGUGAUGGUAUUCCAGCUGAACUAUUUAAAAUUUUAAAAGAUGAUGCUGUUAGGGUGCUACACUCAAUACGCCAGCAAAUUUGGAAAACUCAGCAGUGGCCAGAGGAUUGGAGAAGAUCAGCCUACAUCCCAAUCCCAAAGAAGGGCAGUGCCAAAGAAUGCUCCAACUACCGCGCAAUUACACUCAUUUCACAUGCUAGCAAGAUUAUGCUUAAAAUUCUACAAGGCAGGCUUAAGCAGUAUGUGGACCGAGAACUCCCAGAAGUGCAAGCUGGAUUUCGAAGGGGCAGAGGAACCAGAGACCAAAUUGCAAACAUGUGCUGGAUUAUGGAGAAAGCUAGAGAGUUCCAGAAAGACAUCUACUUCUGCUUCAUUGACUAUGCAAAAGCCUUUGACUGUGUCGACCACAGCAAACUAUGGGAAGUUCUUAAAGAAAUGGGAGUGCCUGAUCACCUCAUCUGUCUCUUGAGAAAUCUCUAUGUGGGACAAGAAGCUACAGUUAGAACUGGAUAUGGAACAACUGAUUGGUUCAAAAUUGGGAAAGGAGUAUGACAAGGCUGUAUAUUGUCUCCCGCUUAUUUAACUUAUAUGCAGAAUUCAUCAUGCGAAAGGCUGGGCUGGAUGAAUCCCAAGCCAGAAUUAAGAUUGCCGGAAGAAAUAUCAACAACCUCAGAUAUGCAGAUGACACAACCUUGAUGGCAGAAAGUGAGGAGGAAUUAAAGAACCUUUUAAUGAGGGUGAAAGAGGAGAGCGCAAAAUAUGGUCUGAAGCUCAACAUCAAAAAAACGAAGAUCAUGGCCACUGGGCCCAUCACCUCCUGGCAAAUGGAGGCAGUGAGAGAUUUUACUUUCCUGGGCUCCAUGAUCACUGCAGAUGGUGACAGCCUGUUUCUUGGGAGAAAAGCAAUGACAAACCUAGACAGCAUCUUAAAAAGCAGAGACAUCACCUUGCCAACGAAGGUCCGUAUAGUUAAAGCCAUGGUUUUCCCAGUAGCGAUGUAUGGAAGUGAGAGCUGGACCAUAAAGAAGGCUGAUCACUGAAGAAUUGAUGCUUUUGAAUUAUGGUGCUGGACUCUUGAGAGUCCCAUGGACUGCAAGAAGAUCAAACCUAUCCAUUCUGAAGGAAAUCAGCCCUGAGUGCUCACUGGAAGGACAGAUCCUGAAGCUGAGGCUCCAAUAUUUUGGCUACCUCAUGAGAAGAGAAGACUCCCUGGAAAAGACCCUGAUGUUGGGAAAGAUUGAGGGCACAAGGAGAAGGGGAUGACAGAGGACGAGAUGGUUGGACAGUGUUCUCAAAGCGACCAGCAUGAGUUUGACCAAACUGCGGGAGGCAGUGGAAGACAGGAGUGCCUGGCGUGCUCUGGUCCAUGGGGUCACAAAGAGUCGGACACGACUAAAGAACAAUUGCAUUUUGUUAUUAUGCAUUGUUUUUACCCUUAAAUCCAAAUCUUAAAUACACCAUUUAAACAUCAUAUUGAUAAUAAUUGAUAUCUCUAACCUUACAAAACUUCUUGUAGCCCUACUAACGAUGUCAAUUGUUUACGGUUGUCUCUCAAAUAAAAUUUAAAUUUAUUCCAGUCUUUUGUAAAUGUCUGGUCCUGCUGGUUCCGAAUUUUCCCAGUUAGUUUCGCCAACACGGCAUAGUCCAUUAACUUCAUCUGCCACUCUUCUUUUGUUGGGAUCUCUUCCCGUUUCCAUUUUUGGGCCAAUAAUACCUUUGCUGCAGUUGUUGCAUACAAAAGCAAUAUUUUAUCUUGCUUAUGUAUUUAUCUACAAUACCCAAUAAAAAGGCUUCUGGUUUCUUUACAAAUGUAUAUUUCAACAUUAUUUAAAGUUCAUUAUAUAUUAUUUCCCGGAAAGCCUUCACUUUCUUACAAACCCACCACAUAUGGUAGAACGUUCCUUCUUUUUCUUUAGAUUUCCAACAUUGAUUAUUUCGUCUGUACAUUUUUGCUAACUUCACUGGUGUUAUAUACCUCCUAUACAUCAUUUCCAUUACAUUUUCUUUAAGCGAACUGCAAGCUGUAAAAUUUAUUCCAUCUUUCCAAAGUUUUCCCCAAUCCUCUAAUUGUAUAUUAUAACCAGUAUCCUUUGCCCAGUGUAUCAUAACUGAUUUAACUUCCUCAUCUUUCACAUGCCAUUCUAAAAGUAGUUUAUACAUUUUUGACAAUAUUUAAAUUUUAGAACUCAACAAAUCUACUUCAAACCUGGAUUUUGUAUAUUCAAAUCCAUUGUUUUUCUUAUCUUCUUUAAAUAUUUCACUUAUUUGACAAUAAUGCAACCAAUCUUUCACGAAGUUUUAAUUUCUUCAUAGAUUUUAAUUUCCACUGAUUCUCUAUUUCGAUCACCAAAUCUUCAUAGGUGGCCCAAUUUCCUUCCAUAUUUAACUUUUUUACACUUGUAGCCUCCAAUGGUGAUAACCACCAUGGUGUUUUAUGUUCUAACAAACUCUCAUAUCUAUUUAUUGGUGGAAACUUAAACCCAUAUAAACCAUUCUCUUAAUGAGGGCUGAUGGUCGUUUGGCCCAAUCAUGAGUUAAUGCUCCUGAUGAUAGUGAUGACUGGUCAUAAAUUUAUUUAGACACUGGGUCCACCUCAACAGCACUGAACUUAUGUUACAUAAGGCAAGCCACUUCAGAUUAGCUGACCCACUGGAAAUACAGUGGUCAGGUUAAGUACUUAAUUCGUUCUGGAGGUCCGUUCUUAACCUGAAACUGUUCUUAACCUGAAGCACCACUUUAGCUAAUGGGGCCUCCAGCUGCCGCCGGGCCGCCGGAGCACAAUUUCUGUUCUUAUCCUGAAGCAAAGUUCUUAACCUGAAACACUAUUUCUGGGUUAGCGGGGUGUGUAACCUGAAGCGUAUGUAACCCAAGGUAUCACUGUAAAGGAUUAAUCUUGAGUAUGUACUAUUGAAAAUUAAAUGCAGGAUAUAUUCAGGGGCUGUAGGCAAAUUGACAGAGGUGCAGGAUUUCAGACUCUUGAAAGGAUAGUAUUGGUCUGUUCACACACACUCUUACCCUCCUCCCCAUAUAAAUUCAACGAUUCCUAACCUAUUUCUUACAUAACCCAAGUGUCAGGUGCUCGCACCUACAGGGAAAAUUUAUAUGCAGCUUGUAGUAUCAAAUAUGAGCUGAUAGCUGCUUUGAAGAUCUGAGGUUAGCCCUCCUGUUACAGAACAAAUGAGAAUUGCUCAUUCUAGGAGUGGCUGCUUCAAGCAAGCUUGGGGACAUGUCACACUUCUACUUUUAGCAGCAAGCCCAGACUCUUUCGCAUUAUAUGAUCAUGUAAUGGUACAGUAUGGGGUGAGCAACCACCAUUGGGCCCUCUGAUGUGUUGUAGCUUACAUACAUCAUUCAAAACUGUCACAUUUUCAUCCUGCGCCUUCUGAAUAGGUUAUUUAUUUUAAAAGUAGUAGUAGUAUUUGGCAGAACCUGCAGAUUUUGUUAUGCUGAAACUGGAAACACAAGCAAAUUAACACUAGUUUGCCCUAGCAAUUAUUCAAGUAGGUUUUUUUCCGCCCUAGCAAUUAUUCAGGUAGUUAUUUCCUAUCCAGAGGGCUCUGAGUUGAAUUUUAAGAGUUGUGAACCUAUUGCUAGCUGAGGUGGGCCCUGAAUCUCGUCUCUGGUUUGAAAACGGGGCAUUUUUGACCCAUCUCACAGCCAAAGAUACCUCUUCACAGAGUCCAUUUGAUGGGAAAGCAAUGGCUAUGAGAUUGCGAUUAGGGAAAAUAGUUAAUGGUUUUAAGUAAUAACCGUGAGAAUAGGCUAGUGUGAAGCAUUCUACAUAGUGUUGCUCAGGAAGAGUUUUGCAAGCUUCAGUUGAGAUAGCAUAUGACAGCAUAUGUCAUAUCUGUCAGAGCACUUAAAUUAUGUGAAAGAGCAUGUCACAUGAGAUGUAUCUCAGUGGCCACCCCACAGCUGGCCAUCACUAUUUCCCUGGAAACUUUCUAGGACUGCCCUCAGUCUUGCCUCACUGCAAAUCACCAAUAUGUUUUAAACGUAUAAAACAAGGGUGGCUAACCCAAGAUCCUCCAGAUGUUGUUGGACUACAGCUUCCAUCAUCUCUGACCAUUGACCAUACUGAAUGAGGCUAAUGGAAUUGAGAGUCCAAAGGCAUUGGAGGGUCACUGGUUAGUCACCUCUGGUCUAAAUCAAGUGUGCAUAAUUAAUCUGUGCUAGGUGAUCCUGAGUAUGCACUUUUUAUGGCAGCAUAGGAAGCUGCCUUAUACCACGGUUGGGCCAUUAUUUCAUCUAGCUCAGUAUUGUCUACAUUGACUGGCAGUGGGUCUCCAGGAUUUCAGGCAGGAGUCUCUCUCAACCCUAACUGGUAGUGUCAGGGAUUUGACCUGGGACUUUCUGCUUGCAAGCCAAACCAUGUACCACUGAGCUAGGUUUUGCUGGAUUAGAUCAAGGUCCAUGCAAGAAUGUCAACAAUCAGCAUUAAGGAUGUCAUCUUCUGCUGUUAUGUGAAUAAGUUAAAGUACUUGGUUUCAUUUAAAACACAGUUUGAAUGCAGCAUUGCUUCUCAGUAGUUAUGUCUUUGCUUCAUUAUAGAUGUUUGUCUUUGCAGUGAUAGCAUAGUUGAACUUUACUGUAAACAAAUAUCUUUUUCAAAAUAUUUUUGUCUUGUGUUUCUGUCUUAGGUAAAUAUUCAGCUGCUAACAAAAUAUAAUCAAAUUGAAGUAUACAUUUAAAUUAAAAAACAAAUGUAACCACAAUUUUAAAAUAUCAGGAAUCAUUAUUUUUUUAAAUGGCAGUAUCAGCACCCUAUGAUUAAAGUGCAGCACCCAAAAAGUCUUUUGUAAGGAUGUAUGUUUACAUAUCUUGUACAUACCUUUUUGGGGAGGGUGUUCAGUAAUCUUUGCGGCACAACAGAAGAUCCUGUCCCUAAUGCCCACCAGGUUCACUUCUUAUGGUAGAGGGGCAUAGAGUUGGGAUUCUGAAGUUGACUUCUGUGUUCAGCUGGAUUCUUAAGACUGUUCUUAGUAUCCAGUCCUAUGCUGUUUAACGUCAAAAGCAGAACCUUGAAUUUAGCCCAGGGACAAAUUGGUAACCAAUGGAGAUCAGAUGAUAAUAGAGAGAUGAUCCAAACUGUGAGUCCUACAUAAUGCCUUGGUUCACAGUGUAGCGGCCCAUUUACUACAGCAUGAAUGAAAGAGGCCAUGUGCCAGUUGAAACCAUAAAAUGGAUUCUACCCACCCUCACUAUCUGGCUUCUAGGCACUGAGCUGAAUCCAGGAGCACUCCAGGAUUGAGUCUGAUGUUCAGGGUGGUGCAGUCCCAUCCAAAACAAGUUUUACAUCUACCUCCCAGUUUCCAAUCUCCUCACCCAACAAUAUUUCCACUUUGUCUGGAUUAAGUUGCACCUUGUUUGCUCACUGCCAAUCCAACGGUCUGGAUUAAGUUGCACCUUGUUUGCUCACUGCCAACGGUGUUAAGAAAAAGGAAACAAACUUGCAAGACGUUUUCGUUUUUCGUCUUGCGAAGCAAGCCCAUAGGGAAAUUUGUCUUGCGAAGCAGCUCAAAAAACGCAAAACCCUUUUGUCUAGAGAGUUUUUCGUCUUGCGAGGCAUUCGUCUUGCGGGGCACCACUGUAAUGAUUGCACUAACUUGGAACUGGAGGGGGAAAUUGCUUUCCUAUUCUCACUUGAGGUUUUCUGGAUCUCUUCCAGUAUAGCCUAAACAAUGUUCUUCUGCGAAGGGAGAACCCUCGGGGAUCAAGACUCAGUCCUGAGCAUGUGGUGUUCACUGAGCCUAGCUGAUGGAGCCUGUACUUGGAUAAAGGCCAGUUUUGCAGUUUUUUACUACUAGUAUUGGCUUUGGUUCCACAAGUAGUUUGAGAAAAUAUUUCUGAACAAAAGAAACAUUUAACAUUGCUUCUUCUUUUAAUUAGGAUGCUCCUGCUUUUAUAGGAACUGUGCCCCAUAAAAAUUCAGGAGCAAGAAAGAAAGAUUGACUCCUUUUGAAUUUUGCAUUGCAUUCUCUAUAUCAGGGUGGGGAACCUACAGCCCAUGGGCCUCCCUGUUUGUCCUGCCAGGCAAUUUUGAUCGAUGCAUGCAUAUCUGCCCUUCUGGUGUCAAAUGUGGGACACGUAAAGUCACUGCUGGGCCAGAAAGGUGCCAGCAAAGCCCUCUUCAUGGUGCUUUGAAGUCCCAAUUAUCAGCUGAUUGUUGGGGUUUUGAAGCACAGCUUAGGGCUCUCUGCAGUCACAGAUGCUCAGUUAAUAUUUUGGUGUUGGGGAGAGCCCUGCACAGCUGCAGCCUAUACAUUCAGCUGGAAAUAGCUGCACAGAAAGCCUUGUAUUUAGACAGUGCUAGAAGAAGUGAUUUGAAUACAAAGGUGUUUUCUGCAGAGGAAAAGGUGAUCAGUUUUUAGGAUCAUUUACCCCUCCUUCCUGCAUAAUGGUCAGCAUAUUUUGAAUGUUGAUGGCUGUCGGUCACCUGACAUAAUGAUGUGAGGCAGGGCAGUCCAACUUUUCAUACCAAAUGGGCUACAAGAGUACUUUGACACGGAACCCAUGGGCUGCACACUGCCUUGUCACGCAGGGUUGUAGGAAUGAGGCCAAUCUUGAUGUUGGGAAAUCUUUUUUGCCCCCCAAGGGCCUCAUUCUUUUGGGGAAAACCUGUCUAAUGCUGGAGCCAAGAAGUGGAUAGGUAAACAGGGAAGCAUGACUUGAUUGAAUGACUCUUUCAGUUACCCUAUCCUCCCCCCCCCUCUCUCUCCUACCCCAUCUAUCUCUGCUUAGAUGUGUGGAGUAGAGGAAAAGUUAUGGUUAAGGUUUGCAUCAGCAAAAGGGGAACCAUUUCUCUGAUUUGUGGGGAAGUGAUUAAAGUCCAUUUACAAACAAAAGGGUCGUUUUGUUGGAAAGCUCAGCAUACAAAUUACAUUUCCUGCAAAGAUAUCACAUAUCUUGGCAAAAGAAAGAAUUAGUACACAGGUUGGGGAGCAGAAAUACUUAACAGCUCUGCUGCAAAGCAACAUCUUCCCAUUUUUCUUUGUGAAAUUGCGGGAAUUGCAAAGGGGGUGACUGGAUGGGAACACCCUGUGAGCCAGAAGUCCCACCCCUGAGUUAAAAAACUACAUAUAUAAAUUUGAAUAAUAUGUCUUAUUGGAGAGGGAGAUAAGAAACUGCAGAGAUGAUGUUGGUGGAAAUAUUGAGGGACUGUACUAGCACUGCAUCAAUCAUCAGUGGAUUUUGCAUAGGAUAAUUACAGGAUGUGAACGUGAUCAGUACGUACCUGCUGCAAUGGUGUCCAAGUGCAGAAGCUUCUCUUGUGCCAUAGAACUGGCAGAACUGGAAUCUAGCCAUAGAACUGGAAGACAUUAGGAAUUAUUUGUUUUAAUUGAAUGUUUACAGUUUUAAACUCAUAUUUAUGUUAGUAUAGUUAUAAGUUCCUUUGUGAAGCUUUUUACCUUAUAAAGGAGGUAGAAAUACAAAAUUGGGGUGGGGAAUCUCACACCUCAAGGCCACAUGUGACCCUCCAGGCCCUUUGAUUUCUUCUUGGGCCACAUAGCUUAGCAACCAUGCUCCAUUUCCUCCUUGUGAGUUGAUGCUUGACUGGAAUGCUUGUUUAUCUGGAUGGAUGAUUGAGAAAGGUGAUAUAUAUGCAUGUGCUUGUGGAAACUUAAGCAUUUUGUGUGACUGGGUCAUGUUUGUUGCUCUACGUACUUCUGCUUUUAGCCCCACUCACUACUGGCAUGUGGCCCUCCACCUGAAAGCAGUUUGCUGUCUCUGAUCUAAAUACCGUAUUUUUUGCUCUAUAAGACUCACUUUUUCCCUCCUAAAAAGUAAGGGGAAAUGUGUGUGCGUCUUAUGGCUGCACAGCUAUCCCAGAAGCCAGAACUGCAAGAAGGAUUGCUGGCUUCGCUGCACAGUGAUCCCUCUUGCUGUUCUGGCUUCUGGGAUUCAGAAUAUUUUUUUUCUUGUUUUCCUCCUCCAAAAACUAGGUGUGUCUUGUGGUCUGGUGCGUCUUAUAGAGCGAAAAAUACGGUAAAUAAAAUAUUUACUGCUUAGAUACACACAAGAUUGUAAUUUUAAAGCUUCACUUUCAAAUUGUAUGAGCUUCUUGCUUUGUAAUGACCUUUUUGCUUUGUAAAUCAUUUGGUUGGGAUGUCUGGUCCAACCAGACAUUAUUUUUUAUCAUCUAUAUUUGUGUAUUAGUGGCAAAGUAACGACAAAGUGUUAUUUUCUUCAAAUGGUUCAGAUUUCUAGAUGUCCCCUCUUUUCUCCGACUUUCUGCUAUAACCCAUUCAUUGAAAAUAUCUUUUGUUCAUAGGAUUUUUGAAUUAAAAGGUUGGUGGAGAGAAGCUGAGAAUAGGGCAGGAACUAGAGGGAAUGGACUGUGCAAGGAAUAAAGGGUCACACAUGAAAAAUGACAAUGUAGUUUCCCCAGCGUUAUAACCUCUGAAACAUGAUAUUGUGUUACCAGUAGCUUACUUUUUUUUCUUUUAAUUUCAGAAUUUGGUGUUCACUUGGCAGAAUUGACUGUAGAUCCCCAAGGAGCACUGGCCAUUCGUCAGGUCAGUCUCAAAUAAUUUAAAGUUAAAGUAUUUGUUUGCUGAGCAGCUUCCUGUUAUCCCUAUAACCAGGUGAGCAAUUAUUUUGGUACAGAGGAUGUUCACUUUCAUGUAUUACGACUCACUUCUCCCUGCCCCUUCCACAGAUGUUAAUACCACAGAGCUGAGUAGGAGUCCCUUAGCACCACUUUCUAGAAACAGCUGCCCAAAUAGGAGUGGAACCACUGUAAAACAGUGCCCCAGUCUUCAACCUAGAGAACCAGUGCAGAAGAAUGCAGUCAUCAGAACCUUGCCCAAGAAGGGAGUAUUAGCUACGUUGAGAUAGAAGCAGAACAUACAUAUUACAAAAUAGUAAGCUACUGCUGAAGUACGUCACAUUUUCUGGUAUAAUCAUGAUGUCUUUCUUAAAAUAGACAGACAUGAAUAUCAAGACAUUCAAUUUUUAACAUUUUAAAGUUGAGCACAUUUAAAUCCCAUUAAAUCAAAUGAGAGAGCGAGAGCACAUGCUUAAAUUUCUCUCCUUGAAAACAAAAGUGCUUAACUUAGGAAGGAUCAUGCCAGUCCAAAGGCAAGUGACUUCACUGGAAUGUUGAUCCUGGCAGUCCUUAUCUCCCUUGUCAGAGUGAAGAAUGUAAGAAAGCUAACUCUUGAACAUGGUAUCAUGUAAGACAGGAGUAUGUCCUUGUAAAAAGUGUUCUUUUUGUCUAUUGAAAAGUGCAUUUAUUGCCUUGCCUCUGAAUGUUUACAUUGUUUUAUUACUGAAGCACAGACCACAACAAAAUCCUCACUCUUUGCACAUACCGUAGAUUCUGGUGUAUAAGACUACUUUUUAACCCCGGAAAAGAGGUGUGCGUGGAGCUGCCCAGCAUAUUAAGCGACUGAGCUUAUAAGACGAACCCCCAAAUUGCAGCUGACAAUUUUGGGGGGGGGCGUCUAAUACGCCCAGUCGCCUAAUACGCCAGAAUCUACAGUAUCUAUGAUGGCUGACAUUCCUUUUCUUGUACUUUGACACCAAAGAAGCAGGCAUCUUCUGAAUUAGCAUGUUUAUCUAAUGUUGAGAGCUUUGCGCUUUCUGUGGGCAAUCUAAGAGAUAAAAAGGACCUGUGAAGACCUAAAUUUCAACAGCUCAGUUUUGUUUUAUCUUCCUUGCUUUCCUUCGCAGCUGGCUUCUGUGAUCUUGAAACAAUAUGUGGAAACUCAUUGGUGUUCCCAGUCAGACAAGUUUAGACCUCCUGAGACUACAGAAAGGGUAAUACUUUCAUUAAUUGCUCAGUUACAUAAUGCUCAAGUUUGGAAGAGAGAUGUGUUUCCUUGAUUUCCAAGUUAAAGCCAUUUAUAAAUGUAUAGAGAACUUUUUGUAUAGGAUACAUCUCAGCUGGAUAUUUACUGAUACGUGACUUGGAAUAGUAUAUCAUCUGUACAUCCUACUGUGUUGUGCAAAUGAUUGGUGUCCCUUGCUAAGUUCCUCCACCAUUCAUUUUCCACAGGCAAAAGCUGCCAUUAGGGAACUGCUUCCCAAUGGGUUGCGAGAAUCUAUUAGCAAAGUACGUUCAAGUGUUGCGUAUGCCGUUUCAGCGAUAGCUCAUUGGGAUUGGCCUGAAGCUUGGCCUGAGCUUUUCAAUCUGUUGAUGGAAAUGCUUGUCAGUGGGGAUCUGAAUGCAGUGCAUGGAGCUAUGCGAGUGCUUACAGGUAUGUGAGGAUUGUGUCGUCUUAACUGAGUAGUUCUUUCCAGCUUGUUUUGGGGCUUCCAAACCAUUUUAAUAUGUUGACAUUUUUUUUAGAAAGGAAACUUGAUGUUGCCUUCUUUCUUUGCCUUAUAAAUUACAUUGUUCAUACUGCAGCUUGUAAUAUUGGAAAUACUUUUAGUUCCCCGCUCCUUGUACAAAUUUCUGGAAGCUGCGUAAUGAUAAAAGAAUUUAGGUGUAGUAGUAGAUGAGACUGUUGAUUCCAGUAAAUCUUCAGCAAAUAAUCCACUCUAGCCAUCUCCCUUGCACGUAGUCACUAGUUCAUCUGUCUAGCAGGGUACAUAUAACUGUGGUGUUCAUAAAUGUUAAAUUAAAACAGAAAAAAAUCCAGUAGAACUGGGAUUUAUUUUUUAUUACCUAUGCGGGGUUGGGUUUUUACAGAAGAUUGUAAUAUAGCAUCAGGCUAACAGCAUUUUUUGUCAAAUUUGUUCCCAAUUGAAUCUUGUAGUCCCCUGUGCCAUUUCAACUACACUGAAUUCUUGAAACUCUGUUGAGUGAAAUAAGGAUGUUAGAUACUUUGGGUUUACUCAAAGGGCAAUCAGUGAUUGCUCUGUUCAUGGACGCCACCAUCCUCUUUUUGCGGAUUUUCAUAAUGAACCUCUGUAGUGCUAUCAAGCCUGAGCCUUGACUAUACAAUAUGAGAAUUAGGGUGAAUGUUAAGUGGAUAAUUUCAAAGCAGUUGUGUGUAACUCCUUAGAGAAAAUUAAUGCUGAAUUCUGAAUGACUCCUGUACUGGAUAUAAGCCUAGUUCUCACUGAGGUUGUAAAGCUAUGGCUGUUUUAGAUGUUGGGGAGAAGGCUAGGCUAGAACUCUUCAGCCUCAUAGUUUAGUCCUUUGUAUACAAAUAUUUGUUAUGUGAGCAACCACCUGUAGUCUGAAACAAUACAACCCAGAUGCAGUUUAACACCUCAGAAGGAAGUUGACUUCUGCUUUAUGUAAUCCUAAAAGGAAACUUAACCCUUGCUCAUUUGUGAAUGUGUGUGUCAUUAGACUGAACAAUAUGGAAGUGAGAAUUUACUAUGAAUAAUCUCUAAAUAAGUACUUUGCUACUUUUCUUUUUUCUAGAGUUUACUCGGGAGGUGACAGAUACACAGAUGCCCCUUGUAGCUCCUGUUAUUCUUCCAGAGAUGUACAAGAUUUUUACAAUGGCAGAGGUAUGGGUGAAAAUGGAUGACUUCCAUCUAGUAGGAACCAUCCUACUAAGUACAGUCAUACCUCAGGUUGAAUGUGCUUCGGGAUGAGCGUGUUCGAGUUGCGCUCUGCAGCAACCCGGAAGUAACGGAGCGCGUUACUUCCAGGUUUCGCCGCAUGCGCAGACGCUCAAAAUGACGUCACGCGCAUGCACAGAAGCGGCGAAAAGCAACGCAUGUGCGCGCAGACGUGCCGUCGCUGGUUAUGUUUGCUUCUAGAUGCAAACGGGGUUCCGGAACAGAUCCCGUUCGCAUCUAGAGGUACCACUGUACUGAUAUGUUUAGAUCUAUGCUCUUGCAUAGUUAACAUAUACUUCCUCUAGCUUCUCUUCUAAAUAUGUACUUAGAGGAUCCCUAGACAAGUUAAAAUGUGGAUGUAUGGCAUGGGUGUAGCCAGGAUUUUUAUUAGAGGGGACAGGCCUUUUGUUGGGGGGGCAGAACCUUAGUUAGCUAUGUAUUUUUAUUGAUGGGGGGCAGCUGCCCCUCCCUGUCCCCCCUUGACUACGCUCAUGGUGUGUGGCAAGAACUAUCCUCUAGGUGUGUUUUUGGCUCUGCUACAAGAAGCUGGUAGCGUGGUAUGUGGUAGUUUCUGCAUAAUAUAGAUAGAGAAGAUGCCUUUGGGCUUUGUUUUCAUAUUUCCAGGUCUAGAGUCAUAUUUAUAAAUAUACUAUUAGCUACAUGCCAAAUCAAGGAUUACACCAACACAAGUUGUAUAUAAUAGUUUCUUCAAUGCUUAUCUGCCUCCUAAGCCAAUUCUGUUAGUGCCCCAGUGAGCCUAGUAUUUUUCUCACAGAGUGUGGUGUAGUGGUUAAGAGCAGUGGACUCGUAAUCUGGUGAAACGGGUUCGAUUCCCUGCUCCUCCACAUGCAACUGCUGGGUUAGUCACACCUUGGGCUAGUCUCUCAGCCUCACUCACCUCACAGUGUUUGUUGUGAGGGAGGAAGGGAAAAGGAGAUUGUUAGCCGCUUUGAGACUCCUUAGGGUAGUGAUAAAGUGGGAUAUCAAAUCCAAAGUCCUCUUCUUCUUCUUCUUCUCCUCUAAACAUCCCAGUCUUCAGUUAUGUGAUGAUUCUAGAUGAAUAUCUCACAAAAGGGAAAUUUCUUACAAAAAUGAGUGUUUUGCUUAUUUUGGUUGUACAAGGAAAUGAUUUUCUCUCUCAAUAGAAACAAAGUAUGCUUGAUAGAAAAUUAAAUGUCAGAACAUUUCAGCUAGGAGUGCUUUGAAAGGCUAAUUUGAAAGUAUAUAUUAUUCUAUCUUAAAAUAUCUAUUGAGGAAAAUCUGGUGCUAAUUUUAGGUUGUCUGCACAGUGAAAAAUUAGAAAGCUAACUACUUUUUACUAGAUACAAUUCUGCAGAAUUGUGAAGCAGGGAGAACUAGUAUUGUGGGUGGCAGCUGCUGAUAACACAUUAACAAACGCUAGUUGUUUUCAUAUUUUAACAAGUUGCUUUUCCUGUUAGGUUUACGGUAUUCGUACAAGAUCACGUGCUGUGGAAAUCUUCACUACUUGUGCCCAUAUGAUCUGUAACAUGGAGGAGUUAGAAAAGGUAAAUUGUUGAUUCCUUAUCUAUGAGUUGUGUUGAUUGUAGUAGUAUAAUAUUCUUUCCAUUAUACUUGACACAGGGUUGUACUAACUCUGUGAUAGGUUAAAAAAGAGGUGACAAGAUGAAAAAUUUAUUCUAGCAUCAUGACUGAAAGGAAAUUUGAAUGUGAAUUUUUAUGUCCAAACCCUCUGAUCUAUACCCUGCAUUGUAUAGGACUAGAGUGUAUGGAAGGUGGCCUGUCGGUGCAAAAUGUGUUGCCAAAUUGAGAGACUGGUAAUUUUUAUAAUUUUUAGCAUGACAGUCAAGGAACCUUUAACUUGGUUAUAAUGUGGGGCAAGGGGAGACCUCCAGCAGUCUCCCAGGAAUGGCAGCUGGUAUGCUUAGUCCAUUUUUAGAGCCCAUCUUGAGAGUAAAAAGGUAAAGGGACCCCUGACCGUUAGGUCUAGUCACGGACGACUGUACGGUUGCAGUGCUCAUCUCGCAUUACUGGCCGAGGGAGCCGGCGUACAGCUUCCAGGUCAUGUGGCCAGCAUGACUAAGCCUCUUCUGGCAAACCAGAGCAGCACACGGAAACACCGUUUACCUUCCCGCCGGAGCUGUACCUAUUUAUCUACUUGCACUUCGUGCUUUUGAACUACUAGGUUGGCAGGAGCAGGGACUGAGCAAUGGGAGCUCACCCCGUGGCGGAGAUUCAAACCGCCAACCUUCUGAACUUCUGAGUGCUCUGAUGGUGUUUCCUGCUUGGCUGGGAGUUGGACUCGAUGGCCCUUGUGGUCUCUUCCAACUCUAUGAUUCUAUGAUUCUAUGAUCAGCAAGCCCUAGGCUCUGUAGUUUAACCCACAGUGCCACCCGCGUGCCUUCAUCUUGAGAGUAGUUGGAUUCAAAUGAGGCUUGCUGAAUAUGCAAUCCAAUUGGUUGAUGAUAUUUAAUAUUUGAGUGUACUGUAUUGUGUUUGGGGGUAUAAGGAGAAGUAAUUGAGGGUUUAUAAAGGCAGCUGCUGGAACACCAAGAGAGAGGGGGAAGCCAAGGGCAAGCUGAGCCAUUUUGGGUGGGAUUCAACCAACAUAGGUGGGUCUACUGUAAGUCUUAGUUGAAUUACAAAGCUUGGAAGCUAAGUGACAAAUAAAUGAGAUGUAGAGAUUAUGUGUAGAGAUUAAAAUCUGCAGCAAUUAGAACCAGUUAGUUGUUUUUAAGGAGGAGGGAGACCAUGAAGAGCUUUGGGGCAUGUGAGUCACAAGUUUCCUUCACUGUUUUUCCCAGGGAUAAGCAGUUUACACAUUGCUGUAACUGAAAACCAAAUGAUACUUUUUAUUCUGGUAGGGAGCAGCCAAAGUCCUUAUUUUCCCUGUGGUGCAGCAAUUCACUGAAGCCUUUGUUCAGGCCCUACAACUGCCUGAUGGACCUACAUCAGAUAGUGGACUUAAAAUGGAGGUUUUAAAGGUAAGUAUAUAAAACAUAUCUGCAUGUAAGCAGAGAACCUUUUUUUGAAAGUCUUGCUGUAGUGGGCAACAAAAAUUGUGUUUUUAAGCUUUGUUUUUAUUUACAUGGUAUGUGACAUUAUAACAAUACUAAUAUAGCAGUUAAUAACAGGUGCCAUUAAAUUUAGGUAAACAAAAUACAACACAACAGAGUUUCAGGAAAUAUCUUUCUUUAGAAACCCUUACAUAUGAUAGGAGUAAAAUAGCUCUGUUAGGGAUCAAAAAUAAGUAUUCAUUUUACAAAUGCUACUCCUGCCGAAGUGGUAUGAAUGCCUUGUUAGAAAUUACUCCAGGAUAUUUUAUUAUAUAGUUAAUUUAUCUAGAAUGAGAUUGGAGCUUAUAAGGCUAGGGGUUUGUGUGCAACCCUUUGCUCGUCCUUGUCAGAACCCAUGAAUUAGCUUUUCGUAAGCCUGUAAUAUGUUUCCGGUUGGGUUCUUAAAGAUGGACAUGGCUUUCUGGAUCUCCUAUCAAUUGUCAGCUGCUACCUCCUAAUGACAUAAAUGAAUCUGUGGGUCAUACUGUGUCUAUGGAUCAUAGAAUCAGAGAAUAAUAGAUUCACGUUUGUGUUCAUUUAAUUACCAAUUUCAGUAUUAAUAUUCACUUGCAUAUAUAUCAGACAAGUCUAUUCUUCAGAUGGAGAAAUGUGAAUAUAGUGGUUUUUAGAGGGAAAAUUACUAAUUUUGUAAAAAAAUGAUUGUAAGGUUCCUUUCCUUCUGCAGGCAGUGACAGCCUUAGUGAAAAACUACCCAAGGCAUAUGAUUUCCUCCAUGCAACAGAUCCUUCCUAUUGUGUGGAAUACACUUACAGAAAGUGCAGCCUUAUAUCCUUUUUUCUGCAUUUUGAAAUAAGAGCAGAUUUUCUAGAAAGAAGUACUAAGGCAGGAAAAAGUAAACAGUGGUGGUGUAAAUUUGUACAUGCAACAAGCAUUUUACUCACAAGCAAAUGACUUGAGGCUGAAAGAAUUAGUUCUGUGGCAUUUCUGAAUUAUAUAUCUUACUGAGAAGAUUGACAUGAGAAGGUAAAGGCAUGCUUGAAUAUUUUGGCUACUGGAACAAAUAGCAGCUUUGAGGGGACACCCUCAACCUAGGCCUGAUACAGAAUGGGCCUCCUCAAAGAACAUGGAUGCAUGUUCUAAGAAAGAACAUGGAUGCAUCUGUGUCAUAAUUUGUUGUUUGGACCUUAGAAUAUCUCAUUAUCACUUUAUUUGUAUACCACCUCUUCACAAAAAGAUUAUGCUCUAAGUGGCUUACAACCCUGAGGAAAAACGUAUCACAUAAUCAACAGUUGCAAGAAAAAAUCAUUUUAACGUCUCUAAUAAAGGUGGCUGUGAUAUGCAGCCAGUUUGUCUAUUUUUAAAAAAAGAAUUAGCCACAAUAUGGUAUUGAUUUCCUGUUCAAGUGUUAUUGUUGCUCACUUACGCUGACUGAAGUAUAGUAAUUUCAUUGCAAAGGAUUUGGUCCUUAAAAAAAGGGGCCAUGAUCUGGUAGUAUGUCAAUUGAAUCUAUUUCUCCUUAACUAACAUACCUAUGUGAGAACAGAAGUAAAUUACACAGAAGAAGUAGAAGACCCAGUGGAUUCUGAUGGUAAGAAACUCACUGUUACAGGUGUGAUUGAAACUCUAUCUAAACAUCUAUAAGAAACAUCUGUAAGAAACUCACAGCACAUGGAUCUCUAGAAGAAAGAAGUCAUCCUUGAAAAGCAUGCUGUGUGAAUAUUAUAAGAUUAAGUACUAUUUGCUGGAAACCUUGGAAAAAAAUUAAAAAUGACUAACUUAGGUGAAGCCAAUAAUUUUUAAUAUAUUUCUGUAUAACUAUAGUUGAGAUUUUAAAUGUUAAAACAGCAACAUAAACAACAAGAUACUUGCUGUUGGCAAAGAUUUGAAACUGUAAAAAAAAAAGGAAUAAUUUGUCAUGCAAUAAGUUGAAUUAAUUUUGGAAACUAUUCAUAAUUUUUUCCUAUCACAAAAAAGUUUGACUUUAACAAUCUUUACUUUUUUCAAAUUUAGGUGAAGUUUUGGGCUUUGAAAACCUAGUAUUCAGCAUAUUUGAGUUUGUUCAUGCUCUGUUGGAAAACCACAAAUUUAAAAGCACAGUGAAGAAAGCGUUGCCAGAGCUAAUAUAUUACAUCAUUCUCUAUAUGCAGAUUACAGAAGAGCAGGUAAAUAUAUUUACUGUACAUUAUUAUUUAGAAAAUGAUUUUUAACGCUUCGGUAUACAGCCUUUAAAGCUGGUUAGAACUUAGUGGUAGAAGAUACAAUAUUUAUGAUUAUUGAAUCAGUUCCUUUGUAAUAGUCUCCAGUGAUCUGAAAAAUAACAUUGGAACCUUUCUGCAUGUGUUGGUUACGGUAAUUUAGUUGCAUGUAUUCCUGAAUAGGCUAAGGGUUUCCUAUAAGUAUUGUGCUUUCCUUCUUAGAUAAAAGUCUGGACUGCAAACCCACAACAGUUUGUUGAAGAUGAAGAUGAUGAUACAUUUUCCUACACAGUUAGGAUUGCUGCACAGGACUUACUGCUGGUAAGAAAUAAUAUGCAGUGUUUUUGCAGUAAUGGUAAAUAGUAGUGAUUUUUCACAUGCAGCUUAUACACAAAUACAAACCCAUAUACAUGGAACUUGAGUAUUUUCUUUAGAGCCACUUCAUGUAUGAUUUAGUUGAGAUUCCUACAUUGCAGGGGGUUGAAUUAGAUGGCCCUCAAAAUCCCUUCCAACUCGUAUGAUUCUGUGAUUUCAUUCUCUUUGGAUAUUCCACUAAGCAUCUUGGAAAAAGUCAAUCUGAAACAGAGAAUGAAGAGUUGAGGGCAUUUCUACCAUGCCCAGAUUCUCUGUGUUCUGGGACUAUGUACUUAAACAUCUAGCUUUAUUUUCAACAAGGUGUAGUGUGAAAUGAGUUCCCUUUUUUCUUGUCUGCAAAAUGUAUCCUAUCGUAAUAUUUCUGUGUAGGCUGUUGCGACUGAUUUCCAGAAUGAGAGUGCAACAGCAUUGGCUGCAGCAGCUACAAGACACUUGCAGGAAGCUGAGCAAGCCAAAAACAGUGGUGCUGAGCAUUGGUAAGACUGGGUGGCAGCUAUUCAUUUGAUGGUACUAUUUCAGUUUAUUUAGCAGGCAACGAAAACAAAUCAGUUUCAUUGAUUGAUGUAGUCAGAAAUGAUAUUAACUGACAGUCUCAACUAUUCCAGUUACCAGCUGUUAAAUUUGUAUUUAUAGUGCAUAUGCACUAUAUUGGUACUAUUCAAAUGCCAGUUAGAUUAUCCAAAUUAUUAUAGGAUUUUUUGGGGGGGGGGAACUAUGCAUCUUAUAAUCUAAGUUCCCAAUUGGGGGUCCAUGUAAUACACCUAGUGGGUCUGUGACACCAUUCACAUAACAAAAGCUACCAUAGAGAUGCAGUCCUGGGCUUCGCGCGGCUCUCCGCAAGCCUGGGGAGACUGGCGCGACUUCCCCUGGGCUCCAUAGGCUUGCGAAUAGCAGGCUGUUCUCGGGGCUGGGGUCGGGGGAAGCUCGGGCUUCCCCCGCACCAGCCCCGCGCUUGGGGGAGAAAUAUAUUUUUUUUCUUUAUUCCCCCCCCCCAAAAAAAAAACUAGGUGCGUCCUAUGGGGCGGUGUGCCCUAUGGGGCGAAAAAUACGGUAUACAGUACUCCAUGUUUACAGUUAAUAUAUACAAAUAUUUACCUUUUGUGUUAUUAAGGGUAACAAAAGAUAUUUGUAUAAUUUCUCCAGAAGUAAAAUAGAAAAAUGAAUAUUGGAAGACCUAAGUAACUUAUUUAUUUAUUACAGGUGGAAGAUACAUGAAGCUUGCAUGCUGGCUUUAGGUUCUGUCAAAUCUCUUAUCACAGACAGUGUGAAGAAUGGUAGAAUACACUUUGAUAUGCAUGGAUUUCUAACAAAUGUAGUUCUUGCAGACCUCAACCUGUCAGGUACUUCAUCAUUUGGUUUGCUGAUUGGUUCCUAGAAAAUAACCUGAAACUCAAGCUGUAUUGGAGAAAUUGUUACCCAUAGAUUUCUAAACUUAAAAAAGAUAAACUAGCCUAAAACAUUAACAUCAAAAUAUUAACGCAGGAGGGAGACAUUUGCUAAAAUGAAGUCCAUAAAAUGUAAAUAGAGGGAGUUUCAGUGUGGAAGAGGCAUUUUACUCUGAGUAGACCCAUUGCAAUUAAUGAAGAUGACUAAGUUAAGUCCAUUAAUUUCAGUAAAGUUACAAUGAGUAAACAGUUGAAGACCAUUCUGUAACUCUGUAUACAGCUCUUCUCAAUAAUAUAUUGGAUCCUUCUGUUUAAUGGUAAUGAGGGAGAAAUGCACGAACACUUUUUUCCUUCUUCCAGUGUCUCCUUUCCUCCUUGGUCGUGCUCUUUGGGCUGCCAGUCGUUUCACAGUCGCAAUGUCUCCAGAGCUCAUCCAGCAGUUCCUACAAGCCACAGUUAGUGGUCUUCAUGAAACUCAACCCCCUUCUGUUCGAAUUUCUGCAGUAAGGGCUAUUUGGGGGUAAGUAGGUCAAGAAAUAGAACCUAUAUUAGUUGAUUGUAGGCUGAUACAAGGAAAUGUUCACAAUUUCUUGCUGUAACAGGUGAAAUGUUGAAGCUGUAAUCUUGACACUGUGAUUAUGACAGUGCAUAUGUACUCAGAAAUAAGCCCUAACCAGACUUAGGUCUGGAUAAGUAUGGAUAGGAUUGCAGCCUGAAAGAAAUAUUGGACACCGUUACUGUAUUACUGACUGUUGAUGUUUUUUGGGUUUUCCCUCCUAGGUACUGUGACCAGUUGAAGAUAUCUGAAAGCACCCAUGUCUUGCAGCCUUUCCUUCCCAGUAUCCUUGAUGGACUAAUUCACUUAGCAGCUCAAUUUAGUUCUGAGGUCCUCAAUCUUGUGAUGGAAACACUUUGCAUUGUUUGCACAGUAGAUCCAGCCUUUACAGCAAGCGUAGAGAACAAGAUCUGCCCCUUCACCAUUGCCAUCUUUCUCAAAUAUAGUAAUGGUAUGUGCUCAGGCAAAACUAUUAAUGAUCAUAUUAUGGCUACAGAUAAUCUUCAUGAAACUAUCUUCAGUUAACAGGGUUAUGUAUGUGUUGGCUGUCCCAAUGCCUUGUUGUGAAAGACAACAGUGAAAUUUCCGUGGAUAGGAAAAUCCAUCAAGAAAUUGUAUUUGACAUGCUCAUUUCUUAAUCUGUGAAAAUGUCCCAACUAGAGCUUGGUGAACUUGUAGUUAUAAUAAUUAGAGCUAUAUAUUAUUUCAAUCCUGUUUUCUCGUAAAUAAUGCUAGAAAUUUUGAGGUGUGGUUGAUCAGAAUCUCUGCAUCUUUCUUCAUCCAGUUCUGGUAGCACCUCUUCCACCCUUUGCAUUUAAUAAUUACUGUUAGUAGCUAGGAGCAAGGGACAUAUUUUAAGUAUGUGGAAAUCAAGCAUUCUUUCCCACUGUUUAGUCUUUUACUCUUGAUUGUUGAUAUUUCUAACCAGGUAUCAUGACAUUGGGACUGCAGACGAGUCAAGCUAAGGCAUCCCCACAUCUAAUACAUGAAUCACCAAAGGCAAACAUCACAGCUGUGACUUUCUUUCUGACCUUUAUAAUUUAAAACAAACUGCUUUGUUUAGGCAGAAAGGAGGAACCCUGCCACAUAUAAUGGAAGAGCAUCAUAUUUGAUCCAGGAGGAUUUAAAAUUAGCACGCCGCAUUUCCUUACUUCAGUAAUAUAAUUUGAUGUAGUUUUAUACUCUUGGUAAUUGGGUGUUUUUCUUGCUUUAGAUCCUGUUGUGGCCUCACUUGCCCAAGAUAUCUUUAAGGAAUUAGCACAAAUAGAAGCCUGCCAAGAUGCAAUGCAGAUGCGAUUGAUCCCAACCCUUGUCAGCAUCAUGCAGGCUCCUGCUGAUAAGAUUCCAGCAGGGCUUUGUGCAGUAAGUAUGAGGGUAUCUUCUCGGAACGUGAAAUGCUUUAUAUAUCCUAAUGCGGUUUAUAAAAACAGAAAUACUUUUUAUUACUGAAAAAUACAUAAUCAUGGAAGAGAAGGGCAUACAGUUGGAUCGUGUCUUAUGUGUGGGUUUGGUUUCUGACAAAGCACAUAUACACAAAAUUGUGUACAGUCAACUCCCAACUUGUACGCAAUCUACUUGCAUACAACCGCACACAUGCACAGUGCCAGGAAUCUGAAAGUAGUGGGAGAGACCUGGAAAGUCUGGCUCACGGGGAGACUCCAGAGCCUCAAAAGGAUGGCCUCUUUGGGCUCUGGGGAUGGCCUCUUUGCAAGCCACAAGGACUCUCCAGGGUGCUCCCCACUUACGCGCAUUUCACUUAUGCAUGCAGAACAUAACCCCCGUGUAAGUGGAGAGUUGCCUGUAGGAAGAAGAACCUCCAUCACCAGCAGCAACAGGUCAUUCUUCCUCUCACUGGCAGCAACAAGCACUUGAGCAACCCGCCAACUGCUGCUACAACCCAGCAGCCUUUCCCAGCUUCUUUGGCACUUGCAGAUCUGCCCUGCCUCUUCAUCCCUUCUCCCUGUCCCCUGCCACUAUGAACCCACCACCUCCAGCUACCUAAUGGCCUCAAGAAGUACAGCACUGCUGGGUUCACCCUCUCUUAUAUUGGCAGCCAGCAGGGUGGCAGAGGCUGGGCACCACUGCUCUCCCACCUUUCAAGCACAGCAUGUUGCUGGCGCAUACUGGAGGAAGUGAGGCAGGGAUAAGGUGCUGUGAGUUCAGUAUUGUACAAUAAAGUGGAACCAGUCCUCUACAGCUACACAGUGCCGAGCUCCCAGUGCCUCUCCCUCUCAUUCAAGCAACAUGCUAUGUUUGGAAGCCAGGAGAGCAGUGGUAGCUCACCUCUGUUGCCAAGGCACAUGUGGAGAGGGAUAGGAGUGAUGGGGCCAGGUGGGGUGGGCCAUUGCUAACUGGGAAGCCCCCGGAGGUGCCCUUUUCCAUUCCACUGGGGGAUAUUCCUUGUGGAGAAGUGAUGGGAACACCAUUUUGAAAUGGGAUCCCCCCAUUCGCUCCCCUCUUGAGGAAGACCCACUUCAUCUGGAUCUGCAUAAACAGAACGCAUGUAAGAUGUGCUCCCACUGUAUCUAUUUUGAGAACAGUGCACAUACCUUUGUUCCUUUAGGUGUCACAGUUAUUUCAGUAACUGUUUCUUGGUGAAAACUGAACCAUUAACCAGAUUGAGAGGAUUUUUCACAGUGUUUGGACCAGGACACGUUAGUUGAAUUUAAAUAUAAUUUAUUUCCAUGAGAGCUAGUCAUGACUAAUGAAACACUUCGAGUUCAACAGGACCUAAGUUCAACAUCUUAAUUUGGUUCCAGCCAGCACACUAAAACUACCACUCUUCUGACUACUCUUGAUGCGACCAUCUGGAAGAAUCUCUGCAAGAAUAUUUUGAAGAUGACAAAAAUGUUUUCUGCAAAUUGAUCUGCUCCUUUCCUGACGUGCUGUGUCUCCUUAUUCCAAAACUACUCAACAUCUAUCUGAAUUUUUCUUUUUCAGACUUCGAUAGACAUAUUAACAACUGUUGUGAGGAAUACUAAACCUCCCCUUUCACAGCUCCUAAUCUGCCAAGCUUUUCCUGCUGUGGCUCAGUGUAGUCUGCACACAGAUGACCAUGCUACCAUGCAGGUAAUCAUUUUUUGGAAGAGGGAAGUUUUUGUUAGAUCUUGCAUUGUCUGGAAGCUUCUGAAUUGAAGCCAACCACUUCAUACUGCAUAUCAUAUUUAGGUUUAUGGACUGGAAAUUGCAACUGGAUCUGUUAUUGAAAGCACAAGUAUCUUGUUUUUAUUAUAAUUCUUGGUCAUAGUAACUUGAAAUUUACCUUGCUUAAGCCCCCAAAAUACCAGAGCGAGUGAGUACCUCGUGCUCCUCUCUUUUUCUUUUGGUAAUUUAUAAUAGAAUGAAUUAAGAGAAGUAAAUGGGUUUUAUAGUACUUUGAGAAUAUUUUUUAGUAGCUUUUUAUUGUAGACUGAUACAACUUUUCAUAGGAGACUGUCUAUUCUUAGACUAUUAACACAACUCAAAUUAUAUGAAUGAAUUGGAGAGAAGCAAGAAACCUAAAGAUGAAAUAUAUUCACGGAAGAAUAUUUGAAAGGAGGUUGUGAGUUAAGUCCAAGCUCCUCACAUAAACCAACCUGGACAUUGUGAUCAUCAUCUGAGACCCUUCUCCAUGUACCCCUUCCACAGAAAUUCUGAAGGGUGAAAACAUGAGAAUGGGCCUUUUCAGUGGUGGCUCCUGUUUGUAGAAUGCUCCCCAGAGGCUUGCCUGGCAUCAUCUUUAUCCAUUUUUAGGUGGCAGGCUAAAACGUUCCUUUUUACUUGGGCUUUUGACCAUUAAUUUGAAUGUUAUUAAGUACUUACGAUUUCUUGUAGUGGGGCAGGAUCUUUAAGACCUGUUUUCUGUUUGUGUAGAUUUUUAAAAUAGUUUUUGGUUGUGCUCUUGUAAUUGGUUUAAGUAGGUCACUUUUGUCAGCAAAGUGAUGAAUAAAUGAAAUAAAUAAUACAUAAUAGAGUUUGCAUGCACUUGGGGCAAGCUUCACUGACCUUGAUUUCAUAGGAAAGGUAGUUCCCAUUCAAAUCCAAAACAAUAACUCAUAAAGCAUAAACUAAUGAAUUAUGGGGUCCUGUCCAUCAUGUCUUUGUUGGCACUGGUACUACUGCAAUACAGGUAAGUUGUCAUUGCUUAAUAAGUAACAUUUCCCCAGUUGAGUCUUUCAUAGCUGGCUGGCUGUAGAUCAUGUUUAUUAUUAUUAUUUUUAAAAUAAUAUUUAUUGCUUUUAUACCUUACAAAAAGAAAAAAGAAGAGAAGAAAAAAGAAAAAGAGAAAAAAAGCAAAAGAGAAAACAAUACAAUACAAUAUAUAAACAAUACAAAAUGCAACAUUAACACAUUAACAAAACAGAUACAAAAACAAUUCAAUAAAAACACACAUCAUACCAUCUCAGUAUCCUCUCUUUCAUUCCCUUGUUUCAUCGACCUCCUCUCACCUCCCUUUUUGUAUUCCAUUUCUAUUAAUUGUUUCAGCAAAUCCUUUCCAUCUUUCUCUAUUUUCUGUCAUGUAAUUAUCUUAACAUAUUUUAACCUUGUUUUCCAUUAAUACUAUAAUACUUAUUUAUACUUAAUUACUCAAAAUAUUUCUACUAAAGCCAUAUAAUUCCCUUCCAACAUUUUUCUAACACUCAUUAAUUUUACAUUAUUUCCAUGUAUAGGUUUUAAACUUUUUCCAAUAUUCUUCCACCGUCUCUUCUCCCUGGUCUCGGGAUCUGCCAGUCAUUUCCGUCAAUUCCAAAUAGCCCAUCAACCUGGUGAUCUUUUGUCCGAGGCUCUUAACUCUUUUCCAGGUCUCUUCUGCAGGUCUUCUUCAUAUUUAUACAUGCACUUUACUUUGUCUUCUCCUGAUCUUAUUCUUGUUUUCCUUCCUUUGAUGCUGAAAAGUAGAUCUCCGGGGAAUUCCCAUCUAGCAAUGUUUUUGUUCCUUCUCAACAAGUCAACCAAAUCUCCAUAAUUAAAACUGAAAUUCAAAAAAUAUUUCCAAUCAUGUUCCAAAGUUCCUCCGAGUCUGGCAGUCCCCACAACUCCAGUCUCCUUCUGACCCAAAUCCAGGUCCCAGAGAUCAAUCUCCUGUCCAAGCGGGGCUCCAAUCCUGGAAGUCUGACUUUCUCUAAAUUCAGUCUUGGAAGACAUCAACUUAUAAUCAUCCAAUUGCAACUGUAAGGCUGGAGCUCUCUGCUCCACCACUUGUGCCACUUUAAUUGGGCCUGGAAGCACUUGUGCCAUUUUAGAUUCCACAUCAAGAACUUUCUCCCCCGCCUUCUUCUCAAUUUGCCAUGUCAAAAUAGAUUCCUGUAUCAAUUCCUGAGUACAGUGGUGCCUCGCAAGACGAAAAGAAUCCGUUCCGCGAGUCUCUUCGUCUUGCGGAUUUUUUCGUCUUGCGAAGCAAGCCCAUUAGAGGUUUAGCGCUUAGCGCUACAGUAUUAGCUGAUAAGCGGCUUAGUAUCAGCUGUUAAGCGGCUUAAAGAUCAGCUGAUAAGCGGCUUAGCAGCUGUUAAGCGGCUUAAAGAUCAGCUGAUAAGCGGCUUAGCAUCAGCUGUUAAGCGGCUUAAAGAUGAGCUGAUAAGCGGCUUAGCAUCAGCUGUUAAGCGGCUUAAAGAUCAGUUGAUAAGCGGCUUAGCAUCAGCUGUUAAGCGGCUUAAAGAUCAGCUGAUAAGCGGCUUAGCCAUCAGCUGAUAAGCGGUUUAGCAGCUUGGGAAAAAGGGGAGGAAAAAAACCCUGCAGGAACUCGCAAGACAUUUUCGUCUUGCGAAGCAAGCACAUAGGAAAUUCGUUUUGCGAAGCACCUCCAAAACGGAAAACCCUUUCGUCUAGCGGGUUUUCCGUCUUGCGAGGCAUUCGUCUUGCGGGGCACCACUGUAAUUUCUGUAUUAAUAUUAACUUUUUGUGCCAAAUUACUGUAUUUUUCGCCCUAAAGGACACACCGGCCCAUAGGACGCACCUAGAUUGGGGGGGGGGGGAUAAAGAAAAAAAAUUAUCCCCCCUCCGCGGGGGAAGCCCGAGCUUCCGCCAACCUCAGCCCCCAGAACAGGCAGCUCUGGGAGCUUGCAGGGCUGGGGUCGGGGGAAGCCCGAGCUUCCCCCUCCCCCAGAACGGGUCCCAGAGCUAUGCAGAAGUUGCGCGCAGCUUCGGCAUCGCUCUGGCAGCUUGCGGGGCUGGGGGAGGGGGAAGCCUGCCCCCAGCCUCCAAACCAGGUCGUGAGACAGCGGGAUGGCGCGCUGCGCCUCCCCGCUGUCCCCAAGCUUGCGGGGCUGGCGGCGGGGAGAAGGGGGCUUCUCCCCGCCAGCAGCCUCCAAACCAUGUCGGGAGACAGCAGGAUGGCGCGCUGCGCCUCCCCGCUGUCCCCCGAGCUUGCGGGGCUGGCGGUGGGGCUCUCCUAAAGCCUGCAUUCGCCCCAUAGGACGCACACACAUUUCCCCUUCAUUUUUGGAGGGGGGAAAGUGCGUCCUAUAGGGCGAAAAAUACGGUAGUCACUUUUUGUUCCAAGUUAUCAAUUUUUAUAGUCCUUGCAUCUGUCUUCUUGAAAAGCUGUUCCAAUGAGUCGUUAAUCUUGCAAAAUGCAAACACCAAGGCUUCUUCUGUCAACAUUCUUAACGAGUCAAGGUCAAAUCCAAUUUCUCACAGUUUUAUCUUGCUGAUGGAAAAUUCCCCAGCUCAGCUCCUGUAACAAUUUCAAAGGCUUCCUCUAGAGGGAAACAGUUUCUAUUUGUAACAAUCCUUUUAAGCACAGUUCAAACAAGAAAGAUAGUUUCAAUUUUCAUUUACUUUUACUCCUUUUUAAGCGCAGAAAGAGACAGUAGAAACAAGAUAUUUCCCUUCUUUAACUUACUGUCAGCAGACAAUCCAUUCACAGUCAAUGAGCAUAUCCAAAACUUCAAUGCUUACUAGCAGCCCAUUUCCAGGUUCAGAGCAGUGGUAAUUUGACUUUCUUCACUCUGUCCUGCAGGCUUACACGAUCUUAAAUCUCCCCCUCUUCUCCUGCUUCCAAGGGGGGUUUAGUGAUUUAACCGAUGGACGUUUAAUCCUUUAUGAGAGACUUUCCAAGGCUUUAGCUUGCAGCCUCUUUGCUUCAAUCUAUUUACAAAAAAGGGAGGCGGACUUCCUGUUUGAAACCUCCCCGCAACAGCAAUGCGGCUUCACUCCGUGAAAAAAGCAGUCGAUUCAAAGCACCGCGCCACUCACCCCACCUCGCUCCGGAUCCCUGAAACCGGGUUUCCCCGCGAGUAGGGGGACGCAAAAGGUGCCAGCCGAAUCCCACAUCCACAAGCUUCUCCCACCUGUGGUUUUUGAUGGGUCUCUGCCUUCGCCGUGGCGGCCAGACCCUAAUUUCCAAGGAGCGGAUUCCUCCCGAUCAGAGGAAUCCAGCCAUUGCGGGAGGCGCCUCCCCGGAAGUCUCGCUGUAGAUCAUGUUUAUACCCUUUGGAACCAUUCAGAAAUAGUUCCAGGUUCAGAAAUGCAUCCUGUGUUUUCAUAGCAUUCUCUCAAUGUUAAGUGCAUGAGCACAGAAUAUUGUCAUCAUAACAGAUAGUUCACAAGUGCAAAUUUUGCCGGAUAAACAUGUUUUGGUGGCACUCAGGACUAUUUCCUAGCCCUUGCAUAAAAGGAAAGGAGCAAGUUUGCAUGAAAAAGAUAUUCCACAUACAGUUUUUGACUCGUACAAUCUCUUGCCAGUUAAUUUGUUUCCUUUGGGCCUAUAAUGCUGUUUGUUAAAUGUCUGAAGCACUUGAUAGGUUGAAAGUGUGUAUUCUCAUGUGCUUUGUUCUUUCAGAAUGGUGGUGAGUGUCUACGUGCAUAUAUUUCAGUCGCUCUGGAGCAAAUUGCACAGUGGCAUGAUGAGCAAGGCCACAAUGGACUGUGGUAUGUGAUGCAGGUGGUGAGCCAGCUUCUUGAUCCACGCACUUCAGAAUUCACAGCUGCCUUUGUAGGCAGAUUAGUUUCCACGUUGAUUUCUAAAGCAGGGAGUGAAUUAGGAGAGAAUCUCGACCAGAUUCUGAGAGCAAUUCUUAGUAAAAUGCAGCAAGCAGAAACACUCACUGUAAUGCAGGUAAGAGGCUCAAAACUUAAGUUGAUAAAAUGAGUUGCCUUGCCCAAACCCCUUGAUGUAUUUAGCUAUCCUGUAGCUUUAUACAUGAAGUUGACCUGGCUUAGAGCAAAGCCAAUUUGGUGAGGGAUAUGUUCACUAAUGCCUGGCGGGAUGGCAUUCCAGUUGUAAGUGGGUGUUCUGAACUGAACUCACAAGUUUGUUUAUCCAUUGCUUAUGAAACAGUAUAUUCCCUAUGAUUACCACAAACAUUCUAUUAGCGUACAAAACAACUUGUGUUCAUUACUGCUACUUAAGCAGAGAACUUCUAAAAUUCUAAAAUUAUAUUUGAGAUGCAAAAUUCUAAAAUUAUAUUUGAGAUGCAUCAUGAAAGAUGACUAAGCUUCUUAGCAGGAUGCAUGGGGACUAGGUGCUUUGUAACUUUUUCAGUCAAGUUCAGUGACUGAUCCUGCAAUCCUUUUUUGGUUUUGCAGGAUGUUAUUGUUGAGUUCAGUUUCAAGCAUUAGUAAAACGACUGAAAUUCCCAAAAUACAAAAGUCAAAAUGUCUAUCUUACUUUGUCUCUCUUGCAGUCUUUGAUCAUGGUAUUUGCUCACCUGGUUCAUUCUCAACUUGAACCACUACUAGAGUUUCUUUGUAGUCUACCUGGGCCAACAGGCAAGCCUGCCCUGGAGUUUGUAAUGUCAGAGUGGAUGAGUCGACAGCAUUUGUUCUAUGGACAAUAUGAAGGCAAGGUCAGGUAAGGUGUCCAUCCCUUGAUCACAUGUAUGCCUUGAAAUAAUUGAGCAUGCUCAUACCUUUCAUUUUAAAGAAUCCUAAGUCAUUAUAGUUGUUUGUUCCUGGUUUUGCUUUAAUAACCUGCUCUUUGAACAAACCACUCUGCCCCAAAUUUGUAGAUAAGGGGAAACUAGUUCUAAAGUCUUGUAAAUAGGAUGACACUAAGAAUGGAGCUGAUCUUCAAGUAUGUGACUCUUAAAAUUUUCAGCUCUGUAGCCCUGUGUAAACUCCUCCAGCAUGGUAUCAAUACAGAUGACAAGCGACUGCAGGAUAUCAGGGUAAAGGGAGAAGAAAUAUUUAAUAUGGAAGAAGGAAUACGCACACGAUCAAAAGCAGCUAAAAGUAAGUGUUAACAUAUUAUUUCAAGAUUGAAUCAGCCAUAAGUAAGAGGCAUAGAAAGUCCAUUAAAAUAUGCUACAACUCCCAUCAAAACCAGUGGGACUUAAGUGCCACUGACACAGAAUUAAAAGCUUUGAAAGUUAUGACAUGUACAUCUUUUUCUGGUCUUUUUCAGACUAAUGUAGAAUGCAAGGCUUACACAGACAUAAGAGAUUUUAUAGUAGUUGAAUGCAUUAAAUGCAUGUUGGUCAGAAACAGUGAACGGUUGCUGACUUAUAAAUAGCAAUCGUAUAUAGAAGAGUGCCAUCUUUUAAAUAAUAAGAUAAAGUGAUGAUGACUGUGCAAAGGAUUGGCAUUUAGUCAUCCAGUUCUCCCUGAUGCUGCAAAUGUAACUGCUCAACAGGAUGUCUACUCAGUCAUUAGUUUAGAAAACAAUGUUAAAGGGAUCAUUUGUUGUUUAGUCGUUUAGUCAUGUCCAAGUCUUUGUGACCCCAUGGACCAGAGCACGCCAGGCACUCCUGUCUUUCACUGUCUCCCGCAGCUUGGUCAAACUCAUGGGAUCAUAGUGAAUGUAUAGUGUUGAAAAGAGUUGACUACUGCUGCUUUUUGUGACAACUUUAAAAACUGAAGAGUUUAACAGAUUUGGAAUGCCUCUUCAGACAGUUGUGAACGUUUACGUAAUUGCAUCGAGUUUCCUAAAUUCUUAGCUGCAUGUAUAGACUUUUUUUCCUCUGUUCUUCUCAGAUCCUGAACGCUGGACCAACAUUCCUUUGUUAGUUAAAAUCUUAAAAUUGAUAAUAAAUGAACUUUCUAAUGCAAUGGAAGCAAGCUCUUCUCGACAAACUGCUGCAGAAUGGAGUCAAGGUACAACACUGAUGUGACUUUCAGUCUUUAUGGUGGUUAUCAUUUGGUGCCAUCCAAUAUGUUGCAGUGGUAAAGUGUUUCAGACUAGGCCUAGGAAGACCAGGUUCACGUUUCCAUUCUGACAUGAAUCUCACACUAGGGCCCAUCACUGUCUUUCAACCUAGCCUACCUCACAAGGUAGUGGUGAUGAUAAAAUGGAGGGAUAGGGACCCAAGUAUGCUGCAAUGAGCUCCUUGGUAAGAUAUAAAUGUAAUACAUUAAAAUAUAUGACUGCUGCUUCUAUAGCACAAAAUGUCAACUAUGCCCGCAUGGUGUGUGUGUGUGUGUGUGUGUGUGUGUGUGUUUGGUUUUAAUUUUUUUAACCCAUAAAUCAUAGAGAAUGCUCACAUGCUGUGGACAAUCUUAGAUUUGCACUAAGCUGCAUGAGAGUUCAGGUAUUUAGAGAAUAGGAGUUCUGGGUAUAGGUCUUCUUACUUAGCAGUGAGAGCUGUGCUCCCUUUAUAUGCCCCAAUUCUAUGUAAUUUUCCUCAGUGACUAGAAAUACGAAGUACUCCAUGAAACAAAUAUUUUCAAUUAGAAGUAUGUGAAUUACUAACCAAAAUAAUAUAACAAAUUUACUUGGCAAUAAAUAAAAUUUUAAAAUAGUACUUAAUUGUAGAUAUAUGUGCUUAGAAUUGAGUUUUCUAUGUACCUAUAUAGAGCAUUCCAUUGUCAACCAUGGCACUUUUAGUAUAUUUUUCUUUUUGGUGAGAAUUGCAGCUUUCUUGGUAAUAUUCUGCUUGCUCAGAAAUGUACAGCUCUGUCCAAAUUGAAAUUUCCAGUAUGCCUCCUAGUUAAAAAGCAAUGUCCAGGUGGUGAACUUUACAUCAAAGCAAAACAAAAACAAAAACAAAAAAAACACUCCUCAAGGCAAAACUGUUUCUCUCUUAAUUAACAGAGGAAUCCAAUGAUAUGUGGGAAGAUCAAGAAGAGGAAGAGGACGAGGAGGAGGAAGGGUUAACAGGGCAGCUAUUGUCUGAUAUUCUUGCUACAAACAAGUAUGGUGAGCAAAGUAGUUCUAAACUUGUGAAGAUUAUUUGUUCAGGGAGCAGUAGACCCAGACCUUUAGUAAAAGUAUUUUACAAACCACUUUCUCUGUGUUGUUUAGAAAUGUGACUUGUAUAAGAACUGAAAUAACACCAAUUUAUUUCUUCUUUCAAAUGUAUUUAAUGUCUAAAUAAAAGUGUUGUCGUUCAUUUCAGUGCAAAAAGUGUAUGCAAAAAAGACAGAUUUCUGUAAUUGUGCAUAUUGGUGUUUUCUUGCCAAUAUGAUGGCUCACAUAUCACAUUGUUUGUUUACAGAUGACGAUUAUUAUGAAGAUGAUGAUGAAGACGAUCCAGAUGCACUGAAGGAUCCUUUGUAUCAGAUAGACCUACAGGUAGGUUGAAUGAUCAAGGUUUCGUUGCUGUUUACUAAUCUUUUUAAAUACUUAUUCUAAUCUUUUAAAAUACUUAUUCAAAUACCUGGAAUACAGUUAAUACUGUUGAAUACUGACUUGAAUAUUUAUUCUCAUCUGUUUAACAUGCCCUCACAACAGCACGAAGCUACUGUAACUAACUUUGAAAGCUUUAUCUCACAGUAAUGCAUAGCACCACACAUAAGGCUGUAGACAAAAAUCAGUACAUCCAUCUGAUGGUCAGUAAAUAAGGGGACUCAGAAAGAACAAUCUAGAUUUCUCUGUGUUGCCAACCAGUGGUCCUGAAUAUUGGAAUGUAAUAGUGCUCUGCUUCUGUUCUUUAAAGAGAAAAGCUUUUUAAAUCUUGGGACAGGAAGCAUCUGGAGUUCUAAUUUUGAGUGGGAAAAUGACUGAAAAUGUUCUGCUUCUUUCCCCCUUCCCAAACUGCUUUGCUGUUAUAUUAUCCCAACACAAAUUUUGUAACUGAGGAUUAAUGCCAUUGAGUUGUUGUAGUCAGUGGAGGGUUUGUAUUUGGAGAGGAAGGUUCAUCUUUCAGGAAAGUUUCUUUUAACAGCAAGAGAGCUAUAUAAUACUGAGUCUGAUGUAUAAGAAAAUGAAAUAAAUCAAAAUUGAAAUUAGAAUUUGAUAAAACUCCUCUUUGGGGUUAAAACGCAAUCAUUUAUUUUAAAAUAACUAGUAAAAUCAUACCAAAACAAAAUAAACUAAAACAACAUAAGCAAUAAAAGCAAAGCAGUGACAGAUUAGUAUUAGUAUCUGACAGGGAGCAAUUCAGGUGGAAAAAUAAAAAGGUAUUUUGCCUGGCAUGAAAAGAACAUUGGAGUAGGCACAAGGCUUAAGGGUUUAAGACCUUUAAACUAAGGUCUUGAGCAUUUUAUAUUGUUAUCACUCUCUUGCAUUAAUAUAUUGUUCUUCUGUAUUAUAGAAUAAUUUCACGUAUAAAUAAUUGUGCAGUAUCCUGUGGAAAUGAAUUGACAACUAUUUGUCUUCCUUAUAGGCUUACCUUACAAACUUCUUAUGUCAGUUUGCACAGCAGCCUUGCUAUGCAAUGUUCUCAGACCACCUCAAUGAGAAUGAAAGAAGAGUUCUUCAGACCAUUGGCUUAUAAAUCCUGAGCAUUGUGAACAUAUCUGGAAAAUAUUUUUCUGGUUUAUUUCACGUUUUGUGACUUGAAACAUCUUCCAUUAUUCACCAGAUGUGAUUAUCUUUAUUUUGAGGAACUGUUCCUUAUCUUAUCAUGAUGUAGGGUUAAGAGAAGGAUUGUUGAAGGCAACAAGAGGCAGAUGUGCAUAGAAUUUUGCACACUGGAUUUGCACAACGGGAACACUAUUCUUCAGAUCAGCUUUUCAGUAGAAAAUUUAAGUAUUGUGCCCUAAAGCCAACUUUCUCUCCUCCACUGAAAAAGCACUUCACUGACUUUUCACAGCACAGCUUAAUGAAAUGAGGAAGACAUCGCCAUUCGUUCGGAUGUGUAUUGAAACUGGGAAGUUUUGUCCCACUUUGCACUUCUGUCACACAGGGUAAAUUAUCUUGAUCUUACCAUAUGGCAUCUUUUUACCAACACUUGAGUGGAAAUGGAAUCCACUUACAAUACAAGAGCUUGGAUUAAAACCUGAAAAAAUAAAAUUGUUUACCGUUCAUAUAUAGAAGUAAAUGACUCCUAUGUGAGCUCUGUUAUUCUCAUGAUUCUUUACUAAAGCUAUCAUGCACCCAUUCUGAGCAGGCUUGCUAAAAACUCAGUUCCUGUGGUUACUGAUGACUGGUUUUGCAACCAAACAUUUUUAUACAAAUUCUUGAUUGUAUUUAACUUGUCUAUUUACUCCAUGAAUACAGCUUUCAUAUACUUUUUGCUUCCUUCACAUGCACAAAUCACACAAUAUGGCUAAGCUGUAGUCCACAAAUUAGUAUGUGUAUUUUUAUAGGGCCAUAAAAUUAACAUUUACUGGCUAAUCUGCAAGUACAGUGAUGCAUCUCACAACACCUCUUUGCCUUUUUCCUCCCUUUUUGGGAAAGAAAUUAAAAAUAAAACUGUUCAUACCUCCAUUGUUAUCAUUCUUUUUAAAAUAUCCAGGUAACAAAGUUGGAUCCUUUGGUAAUCUCUUUAAAAUUCACGUGUGAAAAGCAUACCAGGCUUUAAUUGCCACUGCAUUGAACGAGGUAUAGGCAUCUUUAAUUUGAGGUAUUGCGCAGCUUGUUUCACUGGUUUUUAUGUUAAAGGUUAUAUGAGUCUUCCAAAAUUAAACCCAAAUUUAAUGAUGUAAUUUAAUGAUGUCAUGAUCUAUCAACUUUAUAAAAAUACAGUAGAGACAGUUCAUGUGUGUAUUACAACAGUUUGGAUGAGAUACUGUAUGAUGGAGGAGAGUGAUGGCUGCCAGGUCUGAAAACUGGAUUUAUAAUACUUUAUUCAUGUUCAAUGGAUAAAAUUUAAUGAAUCGUGAGAAGCUGGAGGUUUGGGAAGUGUUUCAGUUUAAUAGCUGUCAGAGCUUUCAGCCCCAACUUGAGACUUCAACUGCGUAAUUGCAGGACACUGUCAAGGAGGAAAAAGCAGUAGGGGUUCAGCAAGGGAAAUAAGAUCUCAAAUGUGCUGGGGCCAAGCUUAGGUUUGCAUGCUGAGUGUAAAAAAAGAGACUGUUAAUUGAGGGACCAAUAUUAACUGUAGUUCCACCCUCCCCGUAAUUCAAUUGGAAUGUAUGAGCACAUUUGGACCAGGUUAUUAUUUAUUCAUCAAUGAAUUGCUGUUUGCAUAUGCCUUAAGGCAUUUUACAAAUAUACCAUAAAACCAGCUAAAAUAGUUUUAAGAACAGUACAAAAAACAAUUGAAGGUAAGUUUAUUUUGUAUUUUUGUUAAAUCUAAGUGAGAUACAGUAGGAUGCAUGUCUCUCCAACUCAAGUUGUUUCCUGAUAGCAUUUUUAUACUCAAGCCUAAUUUGCCAGUAAGAAGCUGUCUCACUGAAGUUCUGUUCUGCAUUAGAGGCUGUUGCCUGAGUUACACAGUUUUACAAAAUAAUAAACUUUUUAAAAAAUCUACAGAGCAACAAUGUCUAAUUUUUUUUGUAGUAUCAGAAGCUAUAACUUCACUUUCUUAUUGUCAGUCCAUACCAACUUAAUCUAUUACUGCACAACAUGAUUUUUUAAAAAAAUGCUUACUGCAUGAAGAUUUUAAAAAAUAACCUGUUUGCUAUGGAUCCACUUCCGGAAAAUAGCAAAAAUAGCAGUUAACCACAUGUGUAUCUUCAGGCAAAUAUUAGGCUAGGGCAAAGAAGCUGAAGUGAAAGCAAUGGUCUGAACUAUGAGUCAUCUCUCUCAUAGUGGCAUAUGAGAGGGUAGCAUAAAACAAUGCAAUUUCUAGCACUCCACAAAUUUAGGACCACUGUGCCAAGACAAAACAUACAGAUAGCUGACAUUCUUGUGAAGUUAGCCAUCUUAAAUGUCUUCCUAAUAAAAACCUAUUUAUAUAUGUUAAGUACAGUGAGGGGUAUUCCUCCUACUUAUUCCUGUAACAACCAACUAGGUGGCAAGACUGGGGAUAGCUGAGAAAAAGAUUUUUUUUUAAUAGUUUAUAAACCAUUUCUAAAUUGAAGCUGAAUUUAGACUAUUUUAUGGAAAUGGUGUCAAAUAGUGACGCCAACUUCUUGAAGAGGGCAGUAUCGAAAGCUACGACAUUUGCAAUUCUUUAAAAAAUCAUCUUUGUUUUUAUUGUCUUGCCAAAAAUAUUCCGUUGAACUGUAAAAAAUAAAUGCCUUAAGGCUUUUUUGUGCAAGUUAGGAAACUUGAAAAAAGACCAGAUAGCUCAGAACAAUCUUGUGACACAACCAACUUUAAAGACCACGGAUGGGAUUCAACUACCAUGCCCUGCUAGCACAAGGAUUUUUGCUUGUUCAACAGGAAUCUCCUCCCCAAAAAUGUUCUAGAGUACAUUUAGAGGGGCACACAUGGGGUGGGGAAAGGAAGAAGAGGUUCCAUUGUGCAAGAUUUUGUGCUAUGUUUGGUUCUACCCCAAGUGUGAAAAAUCCACUUGAAUGGUUUCCCUUCUGUUUCCUUUUCUAAGGAAUGUCUAUAAAAUGUGUUUUACAUAGGAGAACUGUAAAAAUCACAACACCCUGUAUUUGAAGUACAUAAACUCAGGAGUUAAUAGCUCAGGAUAGCAUAUUAAACUAUUAUUUAGGAUACUAGAAACAGCUUAUGUCUCAUACAUUCAUUGUCCCUUAAAAAAUCAUCCUGUAAUCUUAAACUAUCUUUGCACACUAAAGGAUGGACUUUGAGUACCUCAUGUUUUUAUUGCUCCUUAAAAUGAAUGCCUGCUAUACAUCUAUGCCAGACUCCUUGAUGAAAGAAAAUGCAAGCAAUUUCCCCCUUUUUAUAUGUAUUUAUCUUGCUGAGGAACUCUCAGAGCUUCAUAUAAAUUGAAUAGAGGUUAGAUCUGGUCAAAUGCAAUUUUAGAAAUGAGCUAAAGCUAUCCAUAAAUAUUGUUUGUGUCUUGAUUCUGUGUAGAUAAAAUUUAAUAAACACUAUAAAUGUUCAGUGUCUGCUUUAUUCUACACACAAA